AAUAAUUUCGGAUUUCAAAAUGAAGUUCAUCGAUUUAUUUUCAUUUUUACCGACUUGUUCGAACGAUAAUCUCGAAUAUUCGAUUGUUCCACUAGAAAUGAGAAUUAAAAUGAUGCCGAUCGAUCAAAGAACAGGGAUUGACCGCAUCGUUGCAGGCAUAGUUCGUAAAACUAACGUGAGAUUUAAUGGAGACGGAUAAUCCCUCUUUGUUUCGAUGAAAACUUGGAUUAUAGAAAAAGGAAAAGGAAAAGUAAAAAAAGAAGAAAGGAUAAGCGAUGGAGGAGACCCUGAAUGUGAGUGGUGGACGUCUUUGCCUUUCGAUGGAGGAUCAGGAGAUCCUAGAGGAUCCUAGGACACCGACCCUUAGAAGAAUCAGUUAUAGCAUCGUUCUACCUGCCAUCUGUUGCUUGGGUAUUAUCGGUAACAUGUUGAAUCUGCUUGUACUUACGAGAAGAAAUAUGCGGGGUACUGCUUACAUUUACAUGAGAGGUUAUUCCGUGGCGGCUUUACUCGCUAUCCUUUUCUGCAUUCCAUUCGCGUUCAGAGUUUUCAUUCAUAAAGAGACAGGACAGUGGAACAAUUGGCCUCAAGCUUUUUAUCAUGCACACCUCGAACUCUUUCUUGGAAACGGAUGUCUUGGUGUCGGAGUGAUGAUGUUACUGGCAUUGACGGUUGAGCGUUACGUGAGCGUUUGCCAUCCAGGGCAACACACGCGACCACUUUGCGGACCGCCGCAUUUGACCGUGGCUCUUAUUCCUCUUGCUACCUUUUUGCUCUAUCUACCCAGUAUAUUUCGUAGUGAAGUAACUACUUGCCUUUUGGCACCUGGAGGAUCUCUCAUCUAUCAAAAAAGAGAGAAUACAUCCUUUCUACACUCCCUUUUCUAUCAGGUAUAUAAAAUAGUACUGGAAGUAGUUUUCAAGAUCGCACCGACGAUACUGCUAGCAGGUUUCAAUCUGAGGAUCAUGGUGGUCUAUAGAAGAUCUUGCGAGCGACGUCGUCGUAUGACUUUGUCAAGAACUGUUAGCAACGAUGAAGAUUCUAGAACGUUUGCCGAAGAACGAAGGUUGAUACUUCUUCUUGGUAGCACCAGUAUACUCUUUCUGGUCUGUGUCAGCCCAAUGGUUAUUCUUAACGUCACUCUAAGCGAGAAUAACCUCAGUUAUUUUUCUUAUCAGGUUUUUCGUGCUUUGGCCAAUCUUCUGGAAGUUCUCAAUUACUCCAUCACUUUCUAUAUUUAUUGUCUCUUUUCUGAGGACUUUCGAAACACCUUGAUGCGUACGUUGCAAUGGCCUUGGCUGGUCAAAAGUGGACAAGAAGGACGAAGAGCGCCUAUGAAACGUUCGCCAUUGGCAAGACCCACCACAACGACGACUCCUCCUACAACCGCUGUGCCAACGCCAGGUCAUUUGACGCGUGCCAGUGUCUAAUGAUGAAGAAGACAAGUGUUCGAUUUGGCUAUUUAAUCUGAUGCCCAAAAAGAUACUAAACUACUUUCUUGGCGAUUUAUCAAAACUCAACGUUUAGGUAUCCUCGCAUAUUAUGCGUUGAGCGACUAAAACAUUUUUAAACGAUAUCGUACUUGCUCCUCCUCGUACUCCUUCAUUUAUCUUCGCAUCUUUAGAUAGUAAGUUUUUAUAUAAGAAUAAAUAAGAAAAUCGACUGCCAAAGACGAUAAUGUUUUAACAACAUUAGUAAGAAGAGAAAAAAUGAAUGAAUGGUACAUAAUCGUAUUUAACUCUUUCCUUACCAAAGCUGUUUGCUAUAUACUCAAAAUGACUAUAUUUUAUAGUCACCUAACCAAAUUAAAUUGAUUGAAUCGUAGGUAAAGUUAGAUAUAUCGAUAACUUUAUUUAUCAUUGAUUUUAUAUUCCUGAAACCUUCAAAAAAGAUUUUUUUUGUGACUUUUAACAAUGGGGAUAUGUUUAAUGGACCCCGUGGAGUCUUUCUCAACAAGUUACUAUGAAUAAAUGCUUAUGCACACCUGUAAAUAAUCAAUUAAUAAGUGAACGUUGAAAGCACCCCAUUUAUGACUCACUGCGUAACAAAAAUUACGGUCUUUUUAUCAAUCGCGUAUAAUGCAAUUAAUAUUUGUCCGAUUUUAAAAUAUAAUUAUAGAAUU